CUCGCCAUCUGUACGAUCUCACGCUUUCUCGCCCAGAAACCUGACAACCCACCAAGCAGCAUGGUUACCUCGCGUUCCGGCAUACCAAGACGGCAUGGCCUGGGAGUCGACCCUGGGACCACCACCCUGUGCGCCUACUUCGGGCCUCAGGAGGUGCACGUCGUGCACGGGGAGGCGACAUAUCCUACAGCGCUUCGCGUACUCGAUGGCGACUUCUCCCUGCCCAAGCGCGAUAGCCACGGACCCCGCGUGAUCAAGCUGGUGAAACGUGUCAUCGGUCGGCGCAAGGACGACCCCCGCCUCGCAGAGGAUGCCAAAAAUGUGCCGAACGCUCAGGUCACAGACGAUGGCGCCGUGCUCAUGGUUGAACACGAGAAGUUCAGACCAGAAGAGAUAAGCGCCUACCUUCUCGGCCGGACAUUUCGGGUUACGGAGAAGCAACAUGGCAGGUUCGCCUCCUGUGUCCUCACGGCGCCUGCUUACCACUCUUUCGAGCAACGGCAGGCACUCAAAGACGCGGCAUAUAUGGCCGGUCUAGACAAGGACGCGGUUACGGUCAUUGACGAGCCAGUAGCUGCCAUUAUAGACUUCAUAAUGACCUACCCCGAUGACGACAUUCACGACCAGGUCACGGCCGUCAUCGAUACGGGCGGCGGGACCAUUGACGUGGCCAUCGUCUAUCCCAGCAAAACACCAGAAGGCCUAACAGUACUGGUCAAGUCAACCUCUGGGAACGAUCGUAUUGGUGGCAUGGACGUCGAUCGCCGCAUGGUUGACCAUGUGCUUGCUGCUCGCAAGGGCAAGUAUGCGCACGAUGACGGUGCUCUCUUAAGCGAAUGCGAGGCCGGUAAAAGAGAGCUGUCGACGGCCCGCAGCGUACUCUCCAUCCCAGUACGGCCUUGCGACGCGAGAACGGAAACCGAGGAGCUCGUGAGCAUCACAAAGGCGCAGUUCGAAGGCCUCUGCGAGCCUGUCGAUUCGGCUUUGCGCGCAGCCUUGAAGGACGUGACGGGCUUGGCCGACCUGCAUGUCAAGCAUGUCCUCAUGGUCGGAGGCUCGAGUGGCCUGCCCUGCGUUCGCCGGAUCUGCGAUGAAUGGUUUCCCGACGCCCGCGUGUUGCAGUCCGCUGGUGCUGUUGCCGUUGCGCGUGGUGCGGCGCACGUUGCCUCUGACUCCUCCAUCCACUUCAUACAGUCGCUUCCCCGGGCCAUCGGGGUCGUCGCUCAUUCUUCCGACGAUGCCGCCUCCAGUUUACGGUUGGACACGGUGAUGCGCCGCAACACCCAGCUACCGAAUCAGUUCGAGAGGACAUUUUUCACCAAGCUCGACAAUGAGACCGAGAUAGAGAUUGAGCUCCGCGAAGGGGAAGCUCUCGAAUCAAGUGUACACCUCGGCACCCUCGUCAUCAAGGAGAUUCCACCGUAUCCCAAGGGAACAGAGAUCCUGGUGACGGUCAAGGUCCCCAAGCUAGGGACCGUCAUUGCGAAGGGAACAAUGGCGGGCCUCGCCAAGGAGCUGACGAUCGUACCCAUACCCCGGCUGUCGGAGGAGCAGCUGGAAGAGUACCGCAGGCGCACGAGCGAGCGUCUAGGCGAUGGGCCCCAGAAGGGCGGACGGAUCGACAGCGGUGGUGGGCUCGAGGACGGCAAGGGACCCCAGCAAGACCACGAUAGCGAGCAAGCGAGCAGUCAGGGCUCGAUGACAAAGCGGGCCGGUACGAAGCGUGGCGCUCUCAUCCCUUCAAGAGGAGGCAAGAAGAGGAAGAGCAAGUAAGCAGAUUGGCCUCGCUGCCGUUGCCUUCGCCUUCCCACUGUAGGACCAGAGGCGAAUGGGCGUUGUACUUGUACGGUUGCUUAGCUAUGUUCCGUCCUGCUCCAUACUCCACAUGUUACUUUUGGCUGUGGACAUAUCGUGACCUGCGUCGCGAAAUGCCAUGCGUGCUGGGAGUACGCGUUUACCAGGCUCUGUGGCGCCAGGCUCUGUCCCUCGAAGAGAGCGAUAGCGCGUUUGUUGAGGAAACUCUGGCGACUCUUCCUCCAGACCUAGCCUCCGAGUCUGACAAGUCCGACAUGCACCGUCUCCGGGCUGACGUCAAUUCGGCAGUUCACCUGGUCAUCCGGAUCUAGUUAUUGAAGGUGGCGGAACUGGGCCGUCUGACAAGACGCGGCGGAACUGACAAAAGCCGAACUGAAGCAGGCAGCCAUAUCUCACUUCUACACCAACGUCUUCAACGAGGCUCAUACUGCUUUGUUCUGAUUCAUAGUCCUAUGACCGGUCGCGAGCCGGAAGAUAAGUUAUCCCAAGCCUAGCUUGCCGUGA